GUUUAACGGUAUAGAGCAGGUGGGGUUUUGUUCUCGUCGUGUAACGGGACACAGGACGCGGGGGUGAGCCGCAUAUCGCGCGCUUGCGUGCGUCAGAGAGGACGUGGUAGGACAGCUGGAGCGCGCGCGCCGCCCGCACCAAGAGCAAUAACAGCAUUUUCAGCGACAUCGCUCGAUUUACGCCAUGCAAAUAACACGAGAAAAUGAAACGGGACUGGUACGGCAGAGAAUGUAAGACAUUUGUCGUGUAUCUGAUCUCCUAAUGCUUCCCAUAAUUUAUGACUAACAAGAUUUGGGAUCGUUGCUACACUGUCGCCAGAUCUCAGGGAAUAAUUGAGUCUUAACCGCCACAUACCCCGACAAACCCAAGCAGCAUGCCAGAGCAGAGUAACGAUUACCGGGUGGUGGUGUUUGGAGCAGGUGGAGUAGGCAAGAGCUCAUUGGUUCUGCGCUUCGUUAAAGGCACCUUCAGGGACACCUACAUCCCGACGGUGGAGGACACAUACCGGCAGGUCAUCAGCUGCGACAAGAGCGUAUGCACUCUGGAGAUCACUGACACCACUGGCAGCCACCAGUUCCCUGCUAUGCAGCGUCUGUCCAUCUCCAAAGGCCAUGCCUUCAUCCUGGUCUACUCCAUCACCAGCAGGCAGUCGCUGGAGGAGCUGAAGCCGAUCUACCAGCAAGUGCUGGCCAUCAAAGGGAACGUGGAGAACAUCCCAAUCAUGCUCGUGGGCAACAAGAGCGAUGAGACCCAGCGCGAGGUGGAGACCAAGGAGGGCGAAGCUCAGGCGAACAUCUGGAAAUGCGCGUUCAUGGAAACAUCAGCCAAGACCAACACCAACGUGAAGGAGCUUUUUCAGGAGCUCCUGAACCUGGAUAAGAAGCGCGAUAUGAGUCUGAACAUGCGCUCCAGCAAGCAGAGACGUGCAGACAAGCUGAAGGCCAAGUGCAGUGUGAUGUAGAAGGCUGGAUCCACCUGACUUCUCAUGUACAUAAGUCCCUCACCUUAAAGGAACAGUACGCGCAAAAAAUGAAACUUCUGUCAUCGUUUACUUAUUGUCCUGUUUCCAGGGAACACAAAGAGAGGUUUUAAUACAAUUGAACUGGCCACACUUGUCCAUGCAACCUUAAAAAAGUCCAUAUUACAUGUGACGUAUAUUACAAAUCUUAUGAGGGAGAUCAUAUGAUAAAUAAAGAAUACUGAUUAAUUCAAAGCAGUUUUUUGAACUGAAUCGAUCUAUUGAAAAGACUUACAUAAACAUGCCAAACUGACCCAGGGUGAAUGUAAAACUGUAAAUGUCAGUCGUUAUUCCUCUCAUACGGACCUUUGAUGGUUCUUUUGCACUUUCAUGAUUCUUUUAUUUUUCUUUUUGUGUGUUAAACGGAAGUAAGCGACACAAAAGCGAGCAAAUGAUGACAGAACUUUCUUUUUGAGGGCGAACUCUCCCUUUAACUCUCCAUCCCUCUCAGUCUUAAUCAGGUAAUCUUUAGUGCGCAUCCGAACGUCGACCAUCUCCCUACCCCUGUAUGUUCUGGCUCCUGUAGUAACUCUGUGUAGUAGACUAUAAGAGCUGACACACGAAGCAGGGAGGACGUCCCACGAUUCUCACACAUUCUCUCUCUGCUGCUUUCUGUUGACUUUUUAUUGAAUCCAAGACAGACCAAAUCAUCAAUGUGGCCAUUUUUACGUCAGGCUGUGUCUUUAACGGUACGGUUUGGAAAAGCAGACAUAAAUGUCUUGAACUGGCUUCUCACCCACAGGAGCAAGAGGCCUGGGCACAGCUGAAGAGGCGACACUAUCCGCUCUUCCAAAUUACAUAUACUAUAGCAGCACAAAAGCAGCCUGUUAGAAAUCGGAAAAAACAAUUCGGGACGAAGGACAUUAUUAGUUAACCGGCUUGCCAGUGAUGUAAUCUGGUAUAACAGAGUAAAGUGCAUAAUGCAUGUCUGAUGAUAUAAACUACCUUCAUAUUAAAUGUGAUUGAGAUCUUUUCAUCGAGAACAGAGCUAUACCUUAUUGAAGCACAGUGAAUAAGUCCUAAAUGUGAUCAUUUCUAAAAGCUAUUUUUUUGUGAUGGGGUGGGGUCUGGGGUGUCGAUUGGUGUUUUAUUUUACUCUGUUCUGUUUUUCAAGUGUUGAUAGCACUCGAAAACCUUAAUAUAUGCAUUUCAUCAUCUAACUAAAAACAUAUAUCCUGUAUGUGAACUCUAUGUGUAUUAUGAGCACUAAUGAAAACCCCUGUACAGCCCUUGUUUUUCUGUCAGUGUCUAUAUUUCCUCAGAUUAUUUAAUGCCAUUUGCUUUAGCAAUACAUGAUAUUAAAGCACUUUUAGAAUCUUGAGCACAUUCAAAACACAGAGCGUUAACCUUUACAAAAAUGUUCUUGUCAAACACUCUGCGUUUACAACUUUACUGCAGACAAAGUGUUUAUUCAAUAAAUAUUAUGUGAGGGACCAGAAAAAUAAAGAAGCACAAACAAAAGGGAAA